CUGCGAUAAACCAGGCAGUGCGAGGAGUACAUUGCCAACUCUUGUCCUUGCCACGAUAACAAAACUCGAACGUUAAGUCCUGAACUAGGACUUUCAGCGGCGUCUCAGUUUUCGCCCUCUCUCCGCCAUGGACACAACAUCAGUGACUUUCAGGCUCCUGCUGGUGGUUGGAAGUGCAAGCUUGGGCAGUUGCCUAGGGGAUCAGUGCUCUGUAGUACACUAUCUGGCAGCUGGGGAAAUGCGAUCUUUCCCCUUUCGGUCUGGCAGUCAGUUCAUAGACAACCUGCACUGCAUCUUCAGCUUCUCAGCACCCAUGGAUCAUCAUCUGACAAUCACAGUGUCUGACCUUGAUAUGGCACCACCCUCAACUGAUAUGAAUGGCAAGACUUCAUGUGUCAACGAUGUGCUCACCAUCUAUGACCUGACUGGUGGACAGUUACAAGCCAUUGGCAGCUGUUGCGGAAACAAUGCUACUGUGAAUCCAAAGUUUGUCCUGUCUUCAAAUGUUGCUGUGGUGAGCUUUGUCUCUAAUGAGAGCUCUACACCACGCAGGUUCACUUUAACACUGGGAGUUGUACAGCAAAUGCAGCAAGUGCAGCAGAAUGGAUCUACUUCUGAAGGACAGAAAGAAGUGGAGACAGGAACAGAAGAAGGACAAGGAAAUGGAGAAGAAGGAGAAGGAAAUGCUGAAGAAGAAGGAACAGGAGAAGAGGAGACCACAACAGAGACUGGUGAAGGAGAAGAGGAGACUGUGACAGAGACUGGAAAUGGAGAAGGGGAGGAAGAAAGUGAAGAAGGGGAAGGGGAAGGGGAAGAGGAAGGGGAAGGGGAGGGCAAUGAGGGUGAGGAAGCAACUGGUGAGAGUCAGAGGAGGGGCAAAGCUGUGCCAAAGAGCUCAGCCGUAGCUCCAGGUCAAGGGUCAGUCAAUGCUUCAAUUCAGCAAAGAGCCACAAGAAAAGCCAGUAAGCAACAAGAUGUGAGGUGGAAUGCCACAGAUAAACUUAGACAGAAAAGAAUCAAGCAUAAGAAGCGCCAAACAGUACAUACAAAGUAA